CUAAACCACUCCCUUAAUUUUCUACUUACGAACCCCAAAACUUUCAGCCUUCAUCCAUGGGAGACAUGGAACCCUUGGUGGAUCGCAGCACUAAGUUGGCAAGAACCAUUUCUCACGCACAAGACGAGCUACACAGCUUCAGAACAUGCCUAAGAUGGAUGUGCGUCGACCAAUCCAACAUAUGGAUGGCUUGUCUGUCCUGGUUCAUGUUCAUCGUGUUCGGUCUCCUUGUUCCUUGUGUGUCCCAUUUUUUAUUAGCUUGUCCCACUUGUGAUGCUACGCAUGCAAGACCCUACGAUUGGGUGGUCCAGCCGUCGUUGAGCAGCGUCUCGGCCUUGUCUUUCGUUUGCUUGACGGGGUUCGUGAAAAGAUAUGGUCUGAGGAGGUUCUUGUUCUUUGAUAAGCUAUGUGAUGAGAGUGAGACUGUUAGGAAAGAUUACAUCGUUCAGCUCAAUAGAUCACUGAAGAUUGUAUCUAUUUUUGUCCUCCCCUGUUUCAUAGCUGAAACAGCAUACAAAGUAUGGUGGUACGCCUCUGGUGCAUCCCAGAUCCCUUUCCUAGGCAUCAUGUGGUUGAGCGACAUGGUAGCCUGUUUCAUGGAGUUAUAUUCGUGGCUCUACCGGACCGCCGUCUUCUUCCUCGUUUGCGUCCUGUUCCAACUCAUCUGCAACCUCCAAGUUCUCCGGCUCCAGGAUUUCGCUCAGGUUUUCCAUGUUGAUUCGGAUGUCAGUUCGGUCUUGGCCGAACACCUUAGGAUCAAACGGCACUUGAAGAUCAUCAGCCAUAGAUAUCGUGCAUUCAUAUUAUGGUGCCUCAUUUUGGUCACCGGCAGCCAAUUCACUUCAUUGCUUAUCACUACAAAGGCUGAUUCUGAUCUGAAUAUUUAUAAAACCGGAGAACUUGCCAUGUGCUCUCUAACUCUUGUCACGGGACUCUUAAUAUUGUUGCGAAAUGCUGCAAAGAUCACACACAAAGCACAAUCUAUCACAAACCUCGCUUCAAAGUGGCAUGUUUGUGCAACAUUAGACUCCCGUGGUGUGAACGACAUCGAGACGCCGAGCUCCCCGGCCAUCCACGCCUUGCAAGAGUUUCCUAAUGACCGUGAAUCCGACUGCGACGAUGCCGGAGAUGAAGAAGAUGACUUGGAAAACAACAAGUUGAUCCCUGCUUAUGCUUAUUGUACCAUUUCAUACCAGAAGAGACAAGCUCUAGUGACGUACUUCGAGAACAAUCGAGCUGGGAUUACAGUGUAUGGGUUCAUGUUAGAUAGGAGUACUCUACGCAUCAUUUUUGGUAUUGAGUUAUCGCUUGUUCUAUGGUUGCUUGGGAAGACCAUCGGCAGCCGUUUGGUUAACGCAGUAUAAUAUUACAUUUGAGUAACAGUAUUUAGUACGCCUAUGUUUCAUUACUCGAUUUGCUUCAUUUGUGUAGAAUCUAAAGUUUUGCCAUUUGAUUUGCAGGAUAUGAUUGCGUUUUCCUCUGUCUUUUGACUGUUUUCAUUUAUUUCUUUUAAGGGUUGAUUAGACAUCGUCACGGUUGAUCAAGAUGACGUUUAUCUGUUAUAUUGUUAAUUUUACAUGCUUUGUAUCAUCGGAUUGGACU